AUGGCAGAUAACUCCUUCAGAGAUCGUUUGAGGUUACUGGCCUUCAGUCUUGGCGAGGCCAGGGAUGCUCUUUGCGGCAAAGCUGUACCUGUGGCUCUUGGACGCAGAGUCACGCGUCUUUGCGUGAUCCGUGGUAUUCGAUACUACGAGCAGUUUGCCGAGCACCCAGACCUAGAACAACUUAGGCAAUAUGUGCCAGAGAUCUCCCGUGCCUUGAACGCUCGCGCCAUUAUGAGCAACAAGAUCCCCUCUAUGCCUGAGGCGCGAGAUAGACCCUACUGCAUCUGGCAUCCUCAGGUGGCAUCACAAGACACCUACAGGAAGCUGUGGCAGCAGUAUCCUGAUAUGUCGUAUCAAAUUGCCCGCGCGUGUGCCGUAGCCAACUACGUGGAGUUGUACCUCGAGAUGAAUCUGUUGCCUGAUGUCUCUGUUGCCGAGGAAGCCCGCGCCAGCGGGUCGCUGGAAAUCUACGAAACAAUCAUGCAAAAUCCUAUUAAAUAUCGCAUCAUGAAUGAUUACACCAGAGAGAUUACAAUGCAGAAUCCACAACCGGCAUGUUUGAACGAUGAUACAGCCGUCGUAUCUACUCUCGAUAUCAAACAAGCCAUCCGGAAACCCCGAGGCGAAGAGAUAGAACCUAUUAUUGAUGGAGCAACCAUAGAAAAUCUCGACAAUAUGUUCGAAGAUGAGAUGGACUAUCUCAUGCCGUUUCCCGGGUUCCAUGAGAAUGUGUUCAAUAUUACAGAGGAUAUGAACGUGGGGGUGGUGGAUUCAGAUGAACCACAGCUGAAUUACCUACCGGAACUACUCUCCCAACCUCUUCCUAUUGAUUUGCCACAGGGCAACAAGGACAUUUUGAUUCUAAUGGCGGCCUACUAUGGGAACAUCGAAAGAUAUACCAGACUGCGUCGUCCUCGCAUGAUUAAAGGGGAGACAGGGUGCCUUGUGCGAGGCAUAUAUCACAACUCUAUGUUCGCCCUCUGGUGUGGGACCCAGAGUAUACCAGAAUGGCCCGCCAGCGCGCAUGUCACGAGCGCCAUACAUGCUCGGAUGAUUAUGAACAAUGACUUGAGCCGUAUCAUAAACCUGAACACGAGGCAACCCUACAAAGAAUUUCUUGACCGCAUGCCAUAUAUGAUCUGGUUUCCUAAUCCCGCGAAUUCCAAUACGUACAAGACUCUGGCCAGCACAGUGCCUAGGAUGAGACCGUCAGUCUUACACGCAGCGGUCUAUACAGAGGAUAAAGCUCUCUUCGACUGGAUGCUGGACGACCUCGGCGUGGCCCCGACCCAACCUGCUUAUCAGGAAGCCAAGGUGCUAGACAGGGGAAGAGGAGGUGAGGCUUCCCACUUCGUGCGUCGUCUAGAGGCUCGCAGUCAAGAACUAGAGAUAGACCUUACCGCACCUAUUGCAAGUUUCAAAAUGUACUCGGCAAAACCGCAUCUGAGCAGUAUCUUUUUAGCGAAGGACCUGACGCCGGAUGCAGUUCAUAGCGCGAUGGAGGAUUGGGGGUUUUACGAUGGAUACAUAGUUGAUGCCUCCGAAGUGGAGUUGUUUGCAUCAGCACCUGAAUCCUGGCGGCCAGACUCAUGGAAAGUUGAAUUAGACUACGAAGCGUGGCCGAAAAGAGAAAGCACUCAAAAGUAA